AUGCCGUCCAAACAGAAAAAAUCCACAGCUUCAGGAGAAACUGAAGACGUUGAUGACGAAGUGGAGGAAACUGAGCCAAAGUCAAAGGAGAGGAGCAACGGUUUGACCCGAGGGGACACCACUAAAAGGGGGAAGAGUCAGAAGAAACACAAGAGCUCCGAGAGCACUGAGAAUCAGGAGCUUUCAGAGAACAACAACAAUGAUCCCUCAACCAAUACCAAAAAGAAGAAAUCACAGAAACUCAAAGAAGAAGUGACCGAGGGAGUGAAGGAGGAAAAGAAGAAAAAGCACAAGAAAUCCUCUGCAGAGAACCCGGAGGGGGACGUGGAGAUGGGUUCCAAAGAUAAAAAGUCCAAAGAUGACAGCGAUGAAGAUAAAAAGAAGAAGGGGAAAAAGUCCAAAAGCAAACAGGUGGACUACUCUGAAAUCUACCAGAAUGAACUGCUGAACUACCACACAGACUCAUCCGAUGGAUAUGAAGAUGAAUACUUCAAAAAGAAAGAUUGUAUUUUCCCUUUUAUUCUCUUCUCCCUUCUCCUCUCUCUUCCAGUGUACGAGGUAGUUACUGUCACUGGUGAUGUUAAAGGAGCUGGGACAGAUGCAAAUGUAUUUGUUACCCUUUUUGGAGACUUUGGCGUCACACCCAAGGUCCACCUGGCAAGCAAAAGCCGGACUGCAUUUGAGAAGAAUAAGACGGAUGUUUUCCGAAUCAAAACACACAACGUGGGGCCUCUAAAGAAACUGAGGAUCGAGCACGACAACACAGGGAUGAGUGCCAGCUGGUUCUUGGAUAGAGUGGUGGUGACUGACAUGAACCGACCCCAUCUGCGCUUUUAUUUUGCCUGCAACAACUGGCUGAGUCGGGAGGAGGGCGACAACCUGUUUGUCAGGGACCUGCUGGGCAGCAUGAACCCCAUGGACGUCCCGAAAUUGAAUAAAUAUAUAGUGAGCGUGUUUACUGCUGAUAUGAAGGGAAGUGGAACCGAUGCUGAUGUCUUCCUGAAUAUUUUUGGAGAGAACGGUGACACAGGGGAGAGAAGACUGGACAGUGACAAAGACAACUUUGAACGUGGGUCAGAGGACAAGUUUACAAUAGAGGCCCCAAACCUCGGGAGGCUGAAGAAAAUCACUAUAGGUCACAACAACAGAGGCUCUUCAGCUGGAUGGUUUCUGGAUAAGGUGGUAAUAGAUGACAUGGGUAACAAAGAAUUGUACGAAUUCCCGGUGUAUAACUGGUUUGCCUUGGAUGAAGGUGAUGGCAAAAUACAGAGAGAUGUGUUGGUUGGAGCCACGCAGCCAAUGGGAAUUGUGUACAAUGUCCAAGUGAUGACUGGAAACGUGAGGGGUGCGGGGACCAACUCUAAGAUCCACAUAGUGAUGCAUGGAGCUAAGGGCAUAAAAAACAGCGGCAAAGUCUUCCUUGAAGGUGGGGCUUUUGAGCGCGGUCUCAUCGACAUCUUCAAUGUGGAGAUCUGUGAACUGAUGAGCCCACUCAGCAGGGUCACCAUCGGGCACGACAAUGGCGCAGUUGGUGCUGGAUGGUACUGUGAAAAGGUGGUUAUAUACUGUCCGUUCACGGGGAUAGAGCAGACGUUUCCGUGUGGGAUGUGGCUGGAUGAGGAUGAGGGAGAUGGGCUGAUUGAGAGGGAGCUCUAUGAGAUGGUCUCUCUCAGGCAGAAAAAACAGAUGAAGUACCCAUGGUCGCUGUGGAUUUGGACCUCAGAUGUAAAAGGGGCAGGGACAGAUGCCCAGGUAUUUCUGCAGAUCUAUGGAGAGAAGGGCAAGUCUGAUGAAAUGAAACUAGAAAACAACUCGGACAGUUUUGAACAAGGCCAGGUUGAUAAAUUCAUGAUUGAAAUGCCAGACAUUGGGAGACUGCUGAAACUGCGGAUCUGGCACGAGAAGAGACAUCCAUUCGCUGGCUGGCAUUUAGGAAAGGUCACCUUGCUCAAGACGCUAACCAUGGAGAAAUAUUCUUUUGAAUGCGGCCGUUGGCUGGACAUCAACGAGGAUGACAAUGAGAUUGUCAGAGAGCUUCCAGCGACAGGAGUACUUAUUGAUGAGCCGCUGCCCUUGAUUAAGUACAGAGUCACCAUCUGCACAGGAAAUGUCAGUGGCAGUGGCACCGAUGCCACCGUCUUCCUCAAUGUUAUUGGUGACCUAGGUGAGACGGGGGAUCGACUCAUGAUUAUGAGCAAAAACAACGUUAACAAAUUUGAAAAGGGAAACCACGAUGAGUUUCUCAUUGAGUCCGUAUCCUUGGGCCAGGUGCGCAGGGUCCGUGUGGGUCAUGACGGCCGUGGUGGAGGCUGCGGUUGGUACCUCGAUAAGGUGAUGGUCAGGGAGGAAGGCCAGCCAGAGAGUAUGGCCAUUGAAUUUCCUUGUUACAGGUGGUUGGACCGUAAUGAGGAUGAUGGACAGAUUGUCCGUGAGUUAGUUCCAGCGGGAGACGGCCUGCGUCUCUUCAAUGUCAGCUACCAGAUAGCAAUCAAGACAGGCAGUGUGAACGGGGCCAGCUCGGACUCCAAGGUGUUCGUCAAGCUGUAUGGGGAGAAGGGUGAUACUAGCAAGGUGAUAUUAGCAGUCUCCGACAAUGAUCUCAGGAACUACUUUGAGACAGGUCGCACGGAUAUCUUUACCUUCGAAACCUCUGACAUCGGGAAGAUCAACCGACUUCUGAUAGGUCACACCAACGAGGGACUGCGGGCCGGGUGGUUUCUGGACAGCGUGCAGAUCUCUGUGCCGGUUCACGGAAAGCAGUACAUGUUCCCAAGUCACAGGUGGCUCUGUAAAGAUGAAGCUGAUGGAAAGGUGGAGGUGGAGCUCUAUCCCAGCGAGACGUUGGACAUUGAACAAUUGAUCAACUAUGAAGUGACAGUAGUCACAGGUGACGUGCGUGCAGGUGGAACUAACGCCAAAGUCUUCUGUCAGAUCUAUGGAUAUGAAGGAAAAACUGAAGUUCUGCCUCUAAAAAGUCGCUCCAACAGUUUUGAACGUGACACCACUGACAUCUUUAAGAUUGAGGCUCAGGAUGUUGGUAAGAUCUAUAAGAUACGUAUCUACCACAACGGGAAGGGUAUUGGAGACGGAUGGUUUCUGGAGACUGUGGACAUCAAGCGCCUGACGAUGGCUAUGGUGCAGGUUGAGGUGAAGAAAGAAGAGACGAGCAAAAAGGACAAGAAGAAAAUAAUUGAAGAGCUGCAGGAAGUGGUGGAGACAUUUAUUUUUCCUUGUAACCGCUGGCUAGCCAGGGAUGAGGAGGACAGGGAGAUUGUGGUUGAGCUGCUGACUGAGGAUAAUGACGACUUGGAGAUGAACUCCUAUGAGAUACAUGUGUUCACUGGGACGAUGUGGGGGGCAGGGACAGAUGCCAAUGUGUACAUCAACAUCUACGGAGAGACAGGCGACACGGGAGAGCGACACCUCAAGAAAUCCAACAACCUAAACAAAUUUGAGAAAGGCCAGGAGGACGUUUUCGACAUCUCUGCAGUCGACCUGGGGACCCUGAAGAAGCUGAGGAUCCGCCAUGACAACAGCCAGGCCAGCGCCGGCUGGUUUUUGGACAGAGUGGAGAUUGUGGACAACAAAGAUGACACCACGUACUUCUUUCCUUGCAAACGGUGGCUGGCUGUCGAUGAGGAUGACAGACAGCUUGCCAGAGAGCUUGUUCCUGUGGAUGAGGCGUUCAUGAAGAAGGGAGAUGAUGAUGACGAAGAUGACUCUGAAGCUACUCUUGGUUUAGAACAGAAAGCCAUGUCAACAACAUACACAGUGAGGAUAAAAACUGGUGACAAGAAGUACGGAGGAACAGACGCUAACGUCUUUAUGAUCCUGUAUGGCACCAAGGAUGACACAGGAAUUAUUAACCUGAAGGCUUCAAAGACCCAUAAGAACAAGUUUGAGCGAGGUAUGAUUGAUGUGUUCACUGUGGAGGCCGUGGACCUCGGACCCCUGAAAAAGCUGCGUAUUGGACAUGACAACAAUGGGGGAGGGUCAGCAGGCUGGUUUCUUGACUGGGUGGAGAUUGAUGCUCCAUCUCUGGGACAGAAACUACACUUCCCCUGCGGACGCUGGCUGGACAGAGGAGAGGAUGAUGGAGCCAUCGUCAGGGAGCUUUUCCCUAAUCCUCUUCAAACAGAGUUUUACACACCAUUCGUUCCUUAUGAGAUCAAAAUCUUCACAAGUGACGUGUUUGGAGCCGGUACAGACGCAGACGUCUUCAUCAUCCUGUACGGCCGAGAUGCAGUGUGCACCCAGCAGAAGUCCCUGUGUGUCAACAAGAGGGAGAGGAGAAUGUACUUUGAGAGAGGAGCUGAGGACAUGUUUAUUGUUGAGCUAGAAGAUGUCGGAGAUGUAAUUGAGAAGAUUCGUAUUGGCCAUGACAACCGUGGGGUGAACCCAGGCUGGCAUCUGGACAGAGUGGAAAUCAGACGCCUCCUCAGGAAAGGAAAGGGUUCAGAGACCGUGAUCUUCCCCUGUGAGCGGUGGCUCGCCAAGUCAGAGGACGAUGGAGAAACGGUGAGAGAGCUUGUGCCCUCUGACAUCAUCACAGAGAAACUUUCAAGAGAUGGAAGCCUGAAAGUGACUGAAGUCGAGGUGGAAGACGCUCUGGAGACCCACACAUACAAAGUUUCCGUGAUGACAGGUGACGUGUAUGGAGCCGGCACUGAUGCCAACGUCUUCCUCACCAUUUACGGGGACCUGGGGGACACCGGGGAGAGAAAACUGAGCAAGUCGGAGACAAACAGCAACAAGUUUGAAAGAGGAUCUGUGGAUAAGUUCACUAUAGAGGCAGUAGACCUCGGUCAGAUUUUCAAAAUAAAAAUUCGCCAUGAUAACAGUAUGGUGAGUCCUGACUGGUACUUGGAUCAGGUGGAGGUGCUGGACAUUGAUACAGAAGAGGUGUUCCUCUUCUUAUGUGAACGCUGGCUCUCCAAGAAGAGAGAGGAUAGACGCAUCCAAAGAUACUUUUAUGUCAAGGGUUAUGAAGGAGUUCGAGAGAGCUCGGCCAGUGAAAAGAAGAACUUGGCUCUAAUGCAGAAAAGCGUCGACAAUAACAUGAACAAGAAGAACAAGAAGAAGAAAGAAGAAAAAAUUGAUCUUCCAAUCAUACCUUAUCACAUCACCAUCUACACUGGACUGGAGAGGGAUGCGAGCACCACCAGCAGGGCUUAUGUCAUCAUUAUCGGGGCUAAUCACACCCAGACAGAUAGGUUGUGGUUGGACCUGCAAGACGGGAGGAAGGGCUUUGAGGCCGGCUCUCUGGAGAGCUUCGAGUCCCACGGUUCAGAUGUGGGGGAGAUCAAAAAGGUUGAGCUCGGCCAUGAUGGGGCCACUCCAGAGAGCUGCUGGCUGGUUGAUGAACUAUGUGUUGCUGUGCCAACCAAAGGGGUCAAAUAUAUAUUUGCUUGCAAGUGCUGGCUGGCCAAAGAUCGAGGAGAUGGGUUGACUGCUAGAGUAUUCAAUGUGCUGGACUCAGAAGCCAUUUCUAUCUCCCAUAAGAUUAUCUAUGAGGUGACAGUGGUAACCGGAGAUGUGCAGAAUGCGGGAACAGACACCCAGAUCUUCAUGACUGUUUUUGGGGCCAACGGCAGUACAGAGGAGAUGCUGCUGCAGAAGAAUGAGGACAGGUUUGAGCGAGGUCAAGAGGACACCUUUAACAUGGAGAUCGAUGACGUUGCCCCACUGAGAAAAAUGCGACUCCGGAUAGAUGGAUCAGGCAGUCGGCCCGACUGGUUUCUUGACAAGGUGAUCAUGCGUAACCUGACCACGGAGGAGGUGUCUGUGUUUACCUAUGAAGGGUGGCUGUCCAGGACACAUGGACCCAAGAGGACACUGAUCUGUGAGAUGGCAGCUGUGGUGGACGAGGAGGUGAUGGUGGAGGUCACUACCUACAUUGUCCAGGUCAAGACAAGUGACGUCGCAGGGGCAGGCACUGAUGCCAACGUAUGGAUCAUUAUUUUUGGAGAGAACGGGGACACAGGAACACUGGCGCUGAAAGAGUGCAACAAGUCCAACAAGUUUGAACGCAAGCAGGUGGACACGUUUCGCUUCCCAGAAAUCCUCAGCAUGGGAGACCUCUCCAAAGUACGAGUCUGGCACGAUAACACAGGUAUUGCUCCAGGCUGGCACUUGGAGUAUAUUGAUGUGAAGGACGAGAUCAUGGACAAAACAUUUCGUUUCCCCUGUGACCGCUGGCUUGCCAAGAACGAUGAUGAUGGACAGAUAAUGAGAGAGCUGGCCUGUGCUAACAAUGACUACUUGGACCUCAAUGAAAAGACCAAGUAUGAAAUUUGUAUCACAACUGGAGACACAGCUGAAACCAAGGAAAAUGCCUGGAUUGUACUUGAAGGGAGAAAGGGUCGAUCAAAAGAAUUUGUAAUGGAGAACUCCUCAAAGAAGAAGAGGUUCUUGCGGGGAAAUGUUGACAGGUUUGAAUUUUCAUCCAAGAACUUGGGUGAUAUUGCUGGCAUCUGUCUGGGCCAUACACCCAAGGAUGGAAAGAAAGUAAAGGGGGAGGUUUACUGGCACGUGGAGGAGGUUGUUGUGACCGAAAGAGAACUGGGAAACAAGUACAUUUUCAAAUGCAAUUCCCUCAUUCCUCUUUCUCCUAAGAGGGACGAUUUCAUCACCGUUGAGUGCACAAAGACCAUCGAGAGCUUUGCAAGCAAAGCUCGAAGCCUGGUACCUGUCAAAUAUGAGAUCAUCGUCAUCACAGGUGAUGAAAAGGGUGCAGGAACCGAUGCCAAUGUUUUCAUUACUCUCUAUGGCUCCAAUGGAGAUUCGGGUUGCAGGCAACUGCGUCAGAAGUUUCGUAACCUUUUUGAACGUGGGCAAACAGACCGUUUCUCUGUGGAAAUGCUGGACAUGGGGGAGUUGCAGAAAGUCCGGGUAGAACACGACAACUCCGGUCUCAGCCCUGGCUGGCUGCUCGAUCGUGUGGAAGUCACCAACACAGCCAAUGGUGUUACCACUAUCUUUCUCUGCGGGAAAUGGCUGGACUCUAAGAAGGCAGAUGGAAAAAUCUCCAGGGCCAUCUACCCAAAAUACUAAAAAACCCUACAGCUCAAGCAUGUCCUCUUAUGUUUAAAAGUAAUGACCAAAGAGAUUCUGCUUCUAGCAAGUUUUAU